AUGCCCCUCUUCAAGAAUAAAAAGAUCAGAUCCUCACCUCGACAAUCCCUCACAUUUUCCUCGUCACGCCCGUCACAACCUCAGCAACGCCCUCCACCUCCACGCGCCGGCGAACGACUGAUACACCCCGCGUUGGCUGCUCCACCGGGACCCAUUUAUCCGAACGGCAGCAGCAGCAGCGACAGCAGCGACGGCAUCAAUCCUCGUCUGGAUUCGAACACAUCUUAUACGGAUCUUCCUCCAGAGGGCUACCAUCCCAACUACGACGGAUCGGGCGUCCCGUCCACAGACGAGCUCGCAGCUCCCUAUCCCAACUCACCAUCGGCGCAACAUCAGCCUCCUCCGCAGCUGUCGCAACCUUCUUCGUUGUACCGCUCGCAGAGCUCCCGUCAGCCCCACCUUCGUCAUCCCGACCCUCAGCGUCAACAAACAAAGCCGCACGAGAACGAGCUCGACCGACCAUCCGUCAAUUUGGUUGCGCACGAGGAGAGCCCGCACUCUCGCCCUCUGGCCCCAAGAACAUUCCUUGGGCGUCCCACCUCGGGAGUGCUAGAACGAAGAUUGUCCGUCAAGGGCAAGUCGCUGUCUUACUCGACCUCGCAACCCUCGUCGCCGCAGAUCGCAUCUCCUCCGCGGCUGGGCCCGACCGAGAACGAACCCUACAGUCACCGGCCGAGUCAUUCAAGUAACUCCUCCCCAACUGACCAACAGCACCCACCCGGUCCGAGAGUCACGUCCCUGCCAUUGCAACAGCAACGGUAUCAGCCACCAUCGUGUGAUAACUCGGGGUCCUUGCGGCAGGAGCAGCCUCAGUCAUUGGACCGACCGUCAUCGCGUUCGCAAGCGCAAGCGCUAUCGCACUCGCAGUGGCAGACGCCCUCUCCAUCCGCCGCUCUCACGCUACAGGAAGCGCUGGAGCUUCCGCCCCCACCUUCACUGAACCCUGCCCGGCGCAGCAACACCGAGUCAAUUCUAGUCCAUCGCCCCAACGGUCGUCCAGGGCCGACCGACAUCCCUGCUGCAUCAUUGUCGCACGACCAAGAUCGACUGAGCCGUCGUGCUCACCCACCAGUAUUGCGAGCAAAACAGCAGGAUCUUGUACAGAGCGCCCGGCCCCCGUCUCAGCAUUCACUGGAGGCUUCCUCGCGUGUCAAUCAAGCCAAUCGUCCGGACGCUAUGCAGCAGGCUGCCUCAAAGUCACCAAACCCACCCGUCAGCCAGCUUACCCAACACAACCAGCAGAAUCAAUUGCACCUGCCGCAGCAGCAAGAAAACCAAGGAUUGUCAUCUGCUCAGGGGUGGUACUCGGACGAUUCGCACCGUCAGGUCAAUCCGAGCUCGAAUAUGGCAGACUCGGCUGGUUCCACUCCGACGGCACAUCGAGGUGGCGAGGAUUCGGCUGAAAUUGAUGUGCAAGUUUUGAAGCAAAAAUAUGAAGAAUUGCAAACCAAAUAUUCCAAAGUGAAGCGAUAUUACUUUGACAAGGAUGCCCAGGUGCAGCAUCUACAAAACACGGUAGCCCAUCAACGGAUGGCAGUCUCUCGCACCGUCCUCGACGACAACGAGUAUGCGAAUCGAUUCACUCGCCUCGAUGGAGCGAUCAAAGACCUGGCCUUUUCCGUCCGGAAGGAUUGGAGGGGCGUUCCUGGAUGGUUGCAUGGCUUGGUAGCAGAGGAGGCCACCGCCAAAGAAAUGACGGCGGCAGGCCGAGCCGUCAUUAGUCGGUGGUUAGUGGAAGAAGUCUUUCACCGUCAUUUGCACCCUGGACUGGAUCCAACGCUCAGUAUUCAAUUGAAGAGUAUCGAGAUGAACUUGCGACGACAACAAGUGCGACCACCGACCGAGGAGGAACGGGAAAAUGUAUUGGUUAGAAUCUCCAACUGGCGACGCACGACCUUUGACGGCCUUGGUGAUGCGCUAUCCGCGCCGAGUGCGCAGAAACAUCGCGAUGAGCUGGUUGAUUAUUUGACCGCAGACCUCACUGCGUUCUUAAGCGGCCAACUACAUGAAUCCGCGCAGCCGGGCUUGGAGGCUGCAGUACGAAUGAUUAUCGAGAGCUCCGUCAAUAUUACGGAGAAGAUCCCAUUAGAGGCCCGCGAUGUCUCUGUCGAAUACUUCCUCCCCAACAGCUCAUUUGACGAGACUUGCAUGAAAGUGGAUGGUGUCCUGCCUCCUCUCGUUCACCCUCCCUCUCCGCCACCAUUAGCCACUCCAACUGAUGGGGACGUCUCCACGGAUGGCCCUGCACCGGAGGCUUGUGAUGCAUCUCUCGCGGCCCCUGCAGACUCCGGAUCUUCGGUUGUGCAAAAGACACCGAGAAAGACAGUGCUUGGUGCGCUCAUGGGUCGCCGACCUCUGGGUUCUGCGACAGGCCGGACCCCGGCGGGAGCUGCUCCGCAUGAAGAGAAUAAACCGCAGCCAGGCGAGGACCGCGAGAAGCAUUCUCGAAUCCGGUUUGCAUCUUUCCUGGCCAUCGAAGUUCGUGGGAAGGGCUCUCCGGUGGUGCUGGUCAAAGCACCCGUCUGGCUCAUUGAAUGA